CAGAGUUCUCAUCAAGUACCUCACUCUUCGUUCACCGUGCCUACACAUAAUCGCUCACUGGGAACGUAUAGGAUCGUUCGACAGGGCCGCGACGCUGGAAAUCCCGCUCUGUCCGCGUAUAUCCCGGUCUGCUCAACAUCAUGUCGAACCAACGCUAUGUCCAGAUGCAGAGCAUGAACAUGGCACACAGCAAUGACCCGUCCGCCUAUCAAUCCUCAGCACAUUAUCAGCAACAACAGCAACCAAGUACGUCUUACAACCAUAUGAUGGAUCAGAAUAUACAUAGCAAUAUUCGCGGUCAUAACAAUAACAACGGCGAGCCGGACCAUGAGCAUGUCGAAUCGCCAGAAGAGAUGGAGAACGAGGUGUAUGAGAUGAGCGACACGAAGCGGAGCAAGCGGGAACCGGGUGGGAAGAAGAUCAGGUCGUGCAUCUAUUGUCGUCGGAGUCAUAUGGUUUGCGAUACAGAGCGGCCGUGUCGAAGAUGCGUUAAAAGAGGUAUAACCCACCUCUGCUUAGAAGAUUCCAAGCUCGCCGCCAAACAACUCGCUGCGCAAGCCGUCCGGGCUGCCCAGAAGCGAGCUGGUGGUGGGGGUUCUGGAUCUGAACUGUAUGCCGGUGAAAUGACGACUGUCGCUGCCGAUGGAGGUGGAACAGUCGGGCACAAGAGAAGGAGGACAUCUUCCACGGGCACAGGUUUCCCGCAGAUGGGCCAAUCGCAGUCACAAUCACGGCCGCAACAAGCGAUUGAAAGAGACCGGGAAGAGAGAACGGAUCAGGUCGGCUCGUCUUCGUCCUCGCCAGCAGCUGUAUGGGGAAAUGCGCAGGGGUUUCACGAUUAUCAAAACGGGGGUCAAUCACUGCAGGGCCAGGAUCCCGUGGCUUCGACGUCGAAUUGGGCUUUUGCACCGAAUAUCAGUCGCACAGAUGACGCUAGCAAUAUCAACGUCAAUGAUAACGCGAUGGGUGAGUCAAGCCGUCUUUCCGGGCCAUCGGACAUGCCCAACAUGUGGCCGGGAAACGAAGCAAUGGGCAUGCUUCCGCUCAACGCUGCCAGCUCCAGCUCGAACGCACCGUUUACCGUGAAUCGGGACAUCUAUGCGCUUGGAUCCUCUUCUUCGUCAUCGGCCCUGCAGAGGCCCGAGGACAAUGUCUCCAACAUUGCCGGUACCAACAACAACAGCAACCACCUUUCAGGUCGUCAAGACUCGAACAAGUACCUCAAUGUGCCACUCAACAAUGCCCCGCGCCGAGCAUCUGCCGAAAGAGGUGGAGAAUUUGGGAUUCUCUCUGAAUACCUCGAGAGUCUGGGUAUCCCAUCUUUACCCGGGGGACUCGGGGAUGUGCUGACCGAGACGGCACAGACGCAAACGUUGAACCCUCAAGUUCUCUCCGGCCCCGGACCUAGUCGAACGAAUAGUAAUGCGACGGGAAAUAAUGCGCUCGGAAGUGCGGGGGCAGAGGAUGAUCAGGAUCAGGUUGGAAACGGGUUGAUCGGGCUGGACGCCUUGGAUGACUACGGAAUUGACUGGAAUGCCCUGGGGAUGGGCUUGUUCAAUGUCGAGACGGAUGCCAAUGCCAAGAGGUUCGAAACGGCUCAAGCUCAGGAGGACGUUAAGCCGCUCAUUCCCGAGGCUAGUAAUACGGAAAAGUUUUACCUCGCAGCUGCUGAUCAACAAUCGGGGACGAGGGACGAGAGACUAAAGAAGGUCAUACAGGCGAAAUACGAGGCGGGGCUAUUGAAGCCUUACGAUUACGCGCGUGGCUAUGCGAGGAUGUACAAGUGGCUCGAAAAGAACGUCUCACAAGCUUCGAUUCAAGCGAUUCUCCGACCGAUGUCGGUUUUCCGACCGGCGUUCCGCGCUAUUGCGCAGAGCCUGAGCGAUCUCGACUUGAUCUUUGUCGAAGAGGCGUUCGAACGUUUAAUGCUUGACUAUGACCGAGUCUUUUCGGCCAUCCAUACCCCUGCUUGCCUAUGGCGUCGUACGGGCGAGAUUUACAAGGGCAACAAGGAGAUGUCGAACUUGACCGGAAUCCCGUCGCAGUGCUUUCGAGGGGGGAACCUUGGCAUCUUCCAGUUGAUGGACGAAGAGUCGGUCGUCAAGUACUAUCAGUUGUUCGGGAGCAUAGCUUUCGAUACCAACACAAAAUCCGUCAAUACAGUCUGCACGUUACAGAUACCAUCUCACUUGACUAGGACUCUCCGAGGUGACAACACAGUCGCACAUACGACCGCCACGACGAGCCCAGUAUUAGGACCCGCACCGACACACCCUUUCAACAACUCGACAUUCAAUUCGCCAACAUCUUCGCCGUCUAACGCUCUUGGCGGCAGUGGAUCUCGUCUCAAACCCCAAAAUUCGUCCUCGAUACCUACCCUGAGCCUGGGCCAAUCAAUGACAGGUAACGAGCAAGCUCAGGAAGCCAAAGUCAUCAAGUGCGCUCUGAAUUUCACUAUCAGGCGCGAUUCUUGGGGCAUGCCCAUAGCGAUCAUUGGCAACUGGAUUCCAGUCUGAGGGUACAUGCGUCGUCAUCAUCAAGGCGCGAGGGGGGUGAUUGU